AUGGACUCAGACGAGGUUAUGGGGCCUGUGGUCGUGGAGCAGGAUGAAGACCUUGACGAGAAAUUUCCUAACCGCCCUCAGAAUCAUGCUCCUACAUUCCCUUUUCACGAACUCUUUCUUAACCUCUUCAACCCACUCAGCGAAAUCAAGAAAAAGCCUGCAGGGCAAGGCUCCGCGCGCCGCAAAGUGGGUCCUAGUGGAAAGUCUUCAGCGAAUCUAAACCCCUUUGAGAGGCGACGGGAUAUAAUAGAGCGAUUCAUAUCCCGGUGGAGGAGGGAUGUGGGCGAUGACAUCUAUCCGGCGUUUCGCUUAAUUCUUCCAGACAAAGACCGGGAUCGCGCAAUGUAUGGAAUGAAGGAGAAGGUCAUCGGGAAGAUGCUCGUGAAGAUCAUGAAGAUCGACAAGAAUUCGGAGGAUGGGUUCAAUCUCCUGAAUUGGAAACUUCCUGGGCAGACAGCAGCGACACGGAUGGCUGGCGACUUUGCAGGUCGAUGUUACGACGUGAUUUCGAAACGACCCAUGCGGACGGAACUCGGGAACAUGUUGAUCGAAGAAGUCAAUGAAAAGCUCGAUCAGUUGUCUGCGGCCUCGAAGGAAGAAAACCAGCUACCCAUCCUGGCUGAAUUCUAUCAUCGAAUGAGUCCCGAGGAGCUCCUGUGGCUGAUCCGGAUUAUCUUGCGGCAGAUGAAGGUUGGGGCGACGGAGCGGACAUUCUUUGACGUGUGGCAUCCAGACGCAGAGAACUUGUAUAGUAUUUCUAGCAGCUUACGGCGCGUCUGCUGGGAGCUCCACGACCCCAACAUUCGGCUGGAGGCAGAAGACCGGGGUAUAACAUUGAUGCAAUGCUUCCAGCCCCAACUGGCACAGUUUCAAAUGCAUUCAUUGGAGAAGAUGAUAAGCCGCAUGAGGCCAACAGAAGACGACCAGGCUUUUUGGAUCGAGGAGAAGCUCGAUGGAGAACGUAUGCAGCUGCAUAUGGCGCCUGACAAUUCGUUACCUGGAGGCCGGAGGUUUGGCUUUUGGUCGAGAAAGGCCAAGGACUACACCUAUCUAUACGGUAACGGGAUACACGAUGAAAACGGCGCACUAACUAGACACCUCGGGGAUGCGUUUGUGGACGGUGUGCAGAGCGUGAUUCUGGAUGGCGAGAUGAUCACAUGGGAUUCCGAGCAGGAUGCGCCUGUUCCGUUCGGUACAUUGAAGACAGCUGCAAUCGCUGAGCAGCGGAAUCCUUUUUCCACGGGACCACGGCCUCUGUUUCGUGUUUUUGAUCUCUUGUAUUUGAACGGGCGGGACGUGACGAAGUAUACUCUACGUGACCGUCGAAAUGCCUUGCAGAAGGCUGUCAAACCAGUUAAUCGGAGGUUUGAGAUACAUCCGUAUCAAGAGGCCACCACUACUGCAGAAAUCGAGACUGCCCUGAGAACAGUUGUCGCGGAAGCCUCUGAAGGGCUGGUGCUGAAAAGCCCCAGAUCGCCUUACCGGUUGAACGAGAGACAUGACGACUGGAUGAAGGUGAAGCCAGAGUACAUGACCGAAUUUGGCGAAUCUUUGGAUCUUAUAGUGAUUGGCGCGUAUUAUGGCAGCGGCCGUCGGGGAGGUUCUCUUUCCAGCUUCCUGUGCGGGCUGCGCGUUGACGGUGCCCAUAGCUCACAAAGCACCAAUUCCAUGAAAUGUUACUCUUUCUGCAAGGUUGGCGGAGGUUUCAAUGCACAAGAUUAUGCGAACAUCCGCCAUCACACAGACAGUAAAUGGGUACAUUGGGAUCCAAAGAAACCACCCACGACAUACAUCGAGCUGGCCGGGGGGGAUGCACAGUACGAACGGCCAGACGUGUGGAUUAAGCCAGAUGACUCGGUUGUCCUGUGUGUCAAGGCAGCUUCGGUUUCUGUCAGCGACCAGUUCCGAAUAGGACUGACUCUGCGGUUCCCGCGAUUUAAGAGACUACGCAGUGACAAAGACUGGAGGAGUUCUCUUUCUGUUCAGGAAUUCCUCGAUCUCAAAUCGAAUGUAGAACAGGAGCAUAGAGAGAAGGAGUUCAGUAUAGAUAACAGCCGCAAGAAGCGGGUUAAGAGGACAACGAAGAAGGCUCUCGAUAUAGCGGGAUACGGCGCUGACAAGGAAGUUGGAUAUGUUGGACCAUCUGGCCAUAUCUUCGAAGGGUUGAACUUCUAUAUAUUGACGGAUUCGAGCACGCCAGAGCAGAAAUCGAAAGCUGAGCUGGAACAGCUUGUCAAAGCCAACGGGGGCAAAUUUUUUCAGACGAGCACUGCUGCACCAAAUACUAUUUGCAUUGCGGAUAGAAGAACGGUGAAAGUUGCAUCAUUGCAGAAAAGCGGCGAAAUGGAUAUUAUCCGACCCUCGUGGCUUAUGGACUGUGUCAAGCAAAACACCGUCGAUGCAGGCCUUCCAGACCUACUCCUUCCCCUUGAAGCAAGGUUCGCACACACCUGCACUCCUCCUGAUGUUGGAUACCUGGUGUUGAACAUAACGCUCACACGAACCAGACACAUGUUCUUCAUGACAGCCAACAAAGAAGAGGAAGUUAAAUCAAACCUCGACGAGUUCAACGACAGCUACGCCCGGGAUACGACAGCCAACGAAAUCAAGGACAUCCUUGAACGAAUGAGCGAAGAGCACAACUUUGACAGCACGCAGAGUCCCGAUACAAUUACCAAAAUCACCGAACGCAUCCAAGAACGCGCAUCCUCCGGCUACGAAACCCCGAUUGGAUGGCUUUUCAGAGGUCUCACGUUCUACUUUAACCGUCCCCAACCCGACGAAACAAAAGAGAUAGACCAAGCACAUAACCUCCGCACAGUCGUAGUGGCCAACAUCGCCCGAUUUGCCAGCGCGGAGAUAGUCUCUGACAUGGAGGACAGGACUAUAACCCACGUAAUUAUGGACCCUGAUACGCCGGCUGCGGAGAUAUCCGCGUUUCGGGGAUCGUUGGCGGCCCGAGGCGCUGGAAGGAAAGUGCCGCAUAUCGUCACGAGUAAGUGGAUUGAGGAGAGUUGGGAUGCGAAGACGUUGUUGGACGAGGAGAGGUUUCAACCUGCUAGGUGA